AUGGCAACCCUGCGGCGGAGAACACUUUUACUUUGUGUGUUAUUGAUGGUUUCCCGAGGAUGGAGCCUGCCCGGCGCGGCCCCCUCGGAACACGAAGGACAUGACACGGAAACGAGCAGUGAUCACGGGAUGACCUCCUCAAGUCCGCACACAGAGACGGGCAAUGUGACGGGUUCUGGUCAUGAUGUGACAGGAGACGGUCACGGUGAAGAUGGGGGUCACGGUGGUGGGCCCAAGACCACUUUGUCGAUUGUGUCCUUGAAGUGGAAUCACGUCUCUGUCGCGUACUUGGUGGAUUUGUGGAUUCCAGUCUCCUUGAUCUGCAAAAUGAUAAUUGCGGCCAACCAUCAUGUGCUGAAUGUCAUCCCGGAGAGCGCCCUGCUCAUUUGCUUUGGAGUCAUCUUCGGCGGAAUGAUCUUGGUUGCGGAGAAGGUGCAGACCUUCAAGUUGACCCCCAGAGUCUUAUUCUUUUACCUGCUGCCUCAAAUCAUCCUGGAUGCGGGCUACUUCAUGCCAAAAAAGCUGUUCUUCGGUAACAUGGGGACCAUCCUUGUCUACGCUAUUAUUGGGACCUGCUGGAACGCGGCGAGCGUGGGACUGUCGCUGUGGGGCUUCCACAUGAGAGGAGCCAUGGGCGAUCUGGACAUCGGGCUGCUGCAAUACCUUCUUUUCGGCAGUCUGAUUGCCGCUGUGGACCCGGUGGCCGUCCUCUCUGUGUUUGAACAGGUCCAUGUCAAUGAGGUCCUCUUCAUCCUGGUGUUUGGCGAGUCGCUGCUCAACGAUGGCGUGACAGUGGUGCUCUUCAAUGUGUUUGAUUCAUUUGCCUCCCUGGGAGGAUCCCAAAUUGAUGCUGUGGAGAUCGUCAAAGGAAUAAUUUCGUUCUUUGUGGUGGCAUUCGGCGGCUCCCUGGUUGGCUUGGUGUUUGGUUUGCUGCUCUCUCUUCUAACCAGAUGCACUAAAAACAUUCAGAUCAUGGAGCCAGCCUUCAUCUUCGCGUUGGCAUACCUCUCCUAUCUUACUGCUGAGAUGCUCUCCCUUUCUGCCAUUCUUGCAAUUUUCUUUUGUGGCAUCAGCUGCCAAAAGUUCAGCAACGCAAACAUGGACGAAAGGUCUGUCACCACAGUCCGUCAUGUCAUGAAGGUGCUCGCCAACGGGUCCGAAACCAUCAUUUUUGUUUUCCUCGGAAUCUCUGUCGUUGAUAAGACAUUAUGGGUGUGGAACACGGGCUUUGUUCUCCUCACACUCCUCUUCAUCUUUGUAUAUCGGUUCAUCGGAGUUUUUUUCCUCACGUGGAUCAUGAACAAAUUCCGGCUGGUGCCCUUGGAGGUCACCAAUCAGAUUAUCAUGAGCUACAGUGGCCUGCGAGGGCCGGUUGCCUACGGCCUGGCAAUGAUGCUGGAUGAAAACAAAAUCAAGGAGAAGAAUUUAAUGGUCACCACCACUCUGAUUGUCAUUUAUUUCACUGUCAUCCUUCAGGGAGUAACUAUGAAACCUCUUGUUACUUGGCUCAAAGUCAAGAAGAGAGCUGCGGUGUGCGACAUCACACUUUUUGAAGAAGUGCAGAACAAGGCCUUCGAUCACAUGCUUGUUGCCAUUGAAGAUAUAGCUGGGCAAAAAGGACACAACUCAAUGAGAGCCAAGUGGAGUCAUUUUGAGGAGAAAUGGUUGUCCAGAAUUUUCAUAAAACCAUCCGCAAGGAAGAAUCGUGACUAUGGCUUGAAAGUUUUCCAUAAGCUGAACCUCAAGGAUGCUGUGAGCGACGUGGCUGAGGGCGAACGCGGGGGCUCUGUGGAGUUCAUCCGCAAUGAAUCGGCAUUUGUUGACUUCAAGAAGAAGUAUGGGGAAAAAUUCUCGCCAGACAUCAUGGCUAACAUGGCGGAUGAUAGGGGUACAGUGUCACCCAUGGGACGAGACUCAGUACCAUCAGUGAGCUUGGAAAUGCACGAGCAGACCAUCAAAGGUGUGAGGGAAGCAGAGGACAUCAACAGCCACCGCCGACUGCAGCAGCACUUCUACAAAGGCGGGAAACGGCACCGGCACAGGUACAGCCGGAGUCAUUUUGAGGUCAACGAAGAUGAGAAUGAGGUUCAGGAGAUAUUCCAGAAGACCAUGAGAAGAAGAAGAAGUUCGUAUCAGGGCUUCAUAAAGCAACAAAGUAAAAAGAAUGAACAUCACACGCAGUUCCUCGUGAAGUUGAUAACAUAAUUUCUUCUAGAUUUUGAGUUCUCAGAGGGAGACGGCGCAUCUGGCUAUCAAGCAUCAGGAGACUCACUCGCCAUGACGGUCACCCACAGAGUGGGAGCUCAUAUUGAGAAUCCUGCCUUCAUGCCAGAGCGGGACACUAUGGCACCCAUGCAGAUCCCACUGUGGUUAGAGGGGGCUGAGCUCGAUAGCUGCAUGGUGGCCCCCUCGCAGAGGGCCCAAAUGAGGCUGCCGUGGACACCCAGCAACCUGCGGCGCCUCGCCCCGCUAUGUACCAGUACUCGUUCCACGGACUCCUUCAUGCAAGCAAAUGCACCCGCCAUACAAGAGAGGGACGAAGAUGAGUUUCCACCACCGUUGACACCGCCUCCACCACCACCGCCUUCUGACAAGCCAGGGGGUCACAUGUAG